CAGGUAGGACAAGGUUGGUGGUUGGUAGUGCUCCCCCACACCCAGGGGUAAGCCUAUCACUGGCACAACACUUCCAUCCACCUGGCUGCUCUUUGGAUUGUGGGCUGUGAUUGCCCUGAUUAGACAGUUGCCUGGCCCUUCCUCCCUUCCCUACAUGAAUGGUUGUGGUAUCCCUGCAGAUGGUUGUGUUCCUCCUGCCAUACGAGGUGUGGUGGUGGGAGAGACAUGGAAGAUGGUUGCAGCAGCUAUACUUUGUAAGACAGUUGCCCCCUUUCCCCUGCAUAUCUCUGUGGGGUGCUCUAUAGUCAAAUCCCUGCCAUACAUUUAAAAUACAUCUAAAGCACAUGGCUCUCUAAAAAAUCCUGGAAACUUUUAUCUACCCAUCACAGAGUCACAAUUCUCACAAUUCUAUGUGGGAAGCCCAUGUGCUUCAAGUGUAUGCUGUGGAAGUGAUCUGUCCGAAUUUCAUAAAGUCUGUUGUUAAGUGUAUAGUAAGAAUGCUUGGGAUUCAAUAGAUGUUAACCAAGCCAUAAUAAAAAUUGAAAAUCAAUAUGCGAAGAGAAACACUGAAUGUAAAUCAAAAGCACACUGGGGGAAAUGAGAGAUGGUGGACAGGAAUAUGAGUGUUUUAGAAUGGGGCCAUAUUUCUAUGUUGGGGUGGGGAACCUUUUCAGUUUGAGGGCCACAUUCCCUCAUGACACACCUGAGAGGGGUGGGAAAAGCUGGAGACAAAAGUGGAUGGGGCUCUUAUUUUUCUACUGAAAGCUCCAUUCCCAGCCACACACAUGCCAGAGAUUUCUAAAGGCCCUCAUGCGCACGUAUCUUUCCAUUUUCCAUCCAGGCAAGGAAGAAGCUUUAUCACAAUCCAAGGACACAUUCCAGACAGACAAAGGCACUUGAGGAGAGCACCAAGCAAGGCUGGAGGCCUCCUUGUUCUCUCUCUUGAUCAGCCGCACACCUGUAUAACAGCAGAGACCCUUUGCUUGGCUGAGCCUGCCUGCAGCGCCGCUUAUCAGACCUUGCAAAACUGUUCCCAGUCUUUUCCCAAGAGCAGUUUCCUCCCUGACCAAGAAACCAGGAACAGAUGCUUGGCGGCAGAAACAUUUGUAAGAAACAGUUAUUUUCAGGAAUGCAAGUGUCACCGGCGCACACGAAAAUUGGAGCAGCUGUGCCUGCGCAUCUACUGGACUGUUCAUUUUGAUGACUUUCAUUUAGAGGUGUCACCCUAUGAAGAUGCAGACAAUGAAGACUCUUCAAAGACCAAUUACAACAAACUGUCAACUAGGAUUUCAGCUAUGGAUAGGACAAAUCCCUGCCUGCAUGCCACAAACGUUUGCCACUUGAACCACAAGUGCAUGCGUCUGCGCUCACUCUAUGCCCAGACCUGCAGCACAGAGACCACCUGUGAUCGGCGCAGAUGCCACCGACACCUGAGACACUUCUUUGAGAGGAUCAGCGCGGAUUUCACCAAAAGCCUCCUCUUCUGCCCUUGUCAAGACGAGGUCUGUGGUGAGCGGCGCUGGAAUACCAUUGUCCCGGAGUGCUCUUUCCAGAGCAGCAGCAGCAGCAAGCCAAACUGCCUCGUCCUGUUGGACUCCUGUCUGAAGGACAAUAUCUGCAAAUCCCGGCUGGCAGACUUCCAAGAGCAAUGCAAGCCUUCAGGCACAUCUUCAGAUGGCUGCUCUCCGCACAACCAUGCUGCAUGCCUGGAGGCUUACAUGGGGAUGGUUGGUACACCUAUGACCCCCAAUUAUGCCAGCAAUUCCAGUACUGAUGUCACACUGUGGUGCUCCUGCAAGGACAGUGGCAAUCAGAAGGAGGAUUGUGAGCAAGUCCUUAGCUCCUUUGCCAGCAACAGAUGCCUCAGAAGUGCAAUCCAGUCUCAGAUGAUCUUAAACCAGAGGAAUAUGGAGGUUCAGGAGCAGCUGCAGUUCACACCUUCCCUGAAUUUCCAGGGAGAUGCCACCAGCACAGAUGGCACAGUUUUCACUUCAGAAAUGCGUUGGGAAGCUGAGAAAAGUAAGAUGCAGCCAGAGGUCCUCAUGCAAGACGGAAGAUCGUUUCCUAACUCUGUCUACUCUGGAGCUCAUCUUUCUUCACUCACUUUAACCUCCACGCUGCUCCUUCUGUUACUUGGUCCGCCAUAACAUCAUACAUCUGGCAUUGCUCCUGACUUGUAAUUCCAUGAGAAGGGAAACUGGACAUUGUUUCAUGCCAAAGAGGAAGCACUGACCACCGCAAGCCUCUUCCCAGUGCUCACCCCUUCUGCCUAGAACUCUGCCACUUUCACUCGCUGUUCUAUGCAAUGUUGGCCUGCCUGUGAAAGGAGCAGGGGUGCUGGUUCUCUUUCCAGUGCCCACAAGGAAAAGAAAGCAGGCUGCUUGGAGAUUCUAGGGACCUAUUGCCUUCCAAUAUUUUUUAUUUUAAGAGGAAGGCGUCCAUUGCCUCUAGACUAGCAAAUGAAAUGCUAUUUCUGGCUUCAGGCGUCUGUCCCCAAAUCUGGAUCCUCUACUCUUUGGUGGUGUUCAGGGCCAUGUGUGUACGCAUGUCCAUUUCUUUAGACAUACAAAACAAAACUUGACAGUGAUGCUAAAUUGUAUCCUCUGCACUUAACCCUUUCUGCCCCCUUGUUGUGACUCAUGAGACAUUUAACACCUCAGAGCUAGGCUGGGCUUCUGUAUUCAUCUCAGUAACUUUCCUGUCUGGUAUUAUAUGAGCCUUCUAGGCUUUCAUAGGAAUUUGCAUGCAGGCUUACUAAGAUUUUACCCACCAGAGUUUCCUCGGUGCAAUGAAGUCUCUCCCCUGAGCUGCAGAGCAAAUAUUUUUUCCCAUAUGUGGCUACCAAGCAUCCCUCCACAUGCGUUUCUGUAGCACCAGACAUUUACCCAUAAUGUAAUAAUUCCAGAUGUAAAGAUUUGUGUGGUGUAAACUGCUGUUCUUUUGUGCUGCAGUGGUAUGUUGUCCAUUUCUAGGCACACAUUAAUAAUUCACACCCCCAUUGUGUCACCACUUCCUUGUUGGCUGGCUUAAAUUUUUGGAAGAGGUAGCAAGCUAACUGCUACAACCUCCCUGUGUUGCUGUUUGGUGGCUGUGAAAGAUGCAGUCAGUGUUGCAUCUUGUUUCUCUCCUACUCCCCAAGAAAAAUAGACAAUGUUGUGGCUGCCAAAGUUUCCAAAGUUUGGGAGUGGGUAGGGAAGAAGGGCACAAUCCAUCUUUCUGUGAAUGUUCUACCACAUCGACCAGUGACGACAAUGCCCCUGUGAAUUUCAUGUUUUUCUCAUCCAGGUAUGAGUUACUCAUUUGUGCCCAGUGAAGGGGUCUCUGUACUGCCCACCAGCAUAGGCUCUGUUUCUGUGUACAUUUACUGGUAGACUUUGUCUCAAACAUUGAGGUAUCAUUUGGAAAGGCCUGCCAAUCCAUUCUGCAGUAGUAAUGGUGUUUAUUAUUAUUCCAGCUCUUUACUGAAGGCAAAAAAGGAUUUGCUUGUACAGUGGUACCUUUGGUUGCGAAUGGGAUCCGUUCCGGAGGCCCAUUCGCAACCUGAAAAGAACGCAACCCGCAUCUGUGCACA